AUGAAAAAAGCAGACGUACAUGCAGUUGAUGUACACUGUAUGCACAGACACGCAAAGAUUUUUCUUCGAGACUACACGCAAGGCAGACGUCCGAAAAUGAAGACAGAGGGACAGCCCGGCCUGGUGCAGAAUUCUUGCACCUCACAGAGCGAGUAUUCCGUUGAAAAGGCUGUUAGAAAAGCCUUUUGGAAGCAGUGCAAGUAUGUGAAGGCUGCUCAAGCGACCACUAAUGAAACCAACAAGAGAAAGACGAGGGAAAGACGUUCGAACAAUGACAGGCGAAAACACGUGGCCCACCCGACACAGCUAGGACUGCAUUCACCUUGUGGCCCUUCGUUGGGGAAAAAAAGAGUCCGGAUGGGCCACACGAUUAUAAACAAGGAGAUUCCAGUGGUAAAAAGUAGCUACAGCUCGACUUCCCGUUGGACAAAAGCCGCCGCUCCUACUGGCGCUGGCUCUGGCGCCACCUAGGAAAUCCCCGAUAGGAAAAAAGGUCGACAAAAGGCACGGCAAGAGUUGAAAGCCGCUGUCGGCGCAAACACGCCCGAAAUAACCGUUUCAGUGCAGUGGGAAGAGAUGAAAUUUCGAAAGGGAAAGGACGACCACGCUUUUGAAACUGUCGCUUAUCUGGAGGGGUGCUCAGACGGAGUUCCGGAAGCAAUGGACAGUAGAGAACGGGGAGGCGCCUGCGAGUUUCCUGCAGCGCCGACUGAUCCACGAGAAAACAACAGAGAAAUCCAGUCUGUUUGAAGGGGGUGAACGCUCUCC